AUGUCUUCGUCGGGCUCAGCUCCUCGGCCUACUUCAGACCGUCACAGUCGACAAGCGCAGCUCGAGACUGAGCCGCUGCUGGGAUACGCCAUUGACACCAUGGGCAGCACCGGGCAAGAAGAAUCGGAUGUCCAGCAUCAUGGAUCGGCAGCAACAGAACUUGCUGCCGAGUCCGGUGAUGCUGCCGGCAUGGCCAAACGCGUCCUUCGCAAGAUCGACCGCACAAUCAUUCCCUUGCUGUUUGUGACGUACAUGUUCAACUUCAUGGACAAGACUAUUCUCAGCAGCGCAGCUGUGUUUGGCCUGCGAGAAGACAACAAUCUCAAGGGUCAGCAGUACAGCUGGGUCAGCAGCAUAUUCUACUUUGGUUACCUGGCAUGGGAGUACCCAACUACGGUGUUGAUUGCCCACCUUCCAACAGCCAAGUACCUUACGGUCAACACGCUGUUCUGGGGAACCGUGGUGGCUGUGACGGCAGCGUGCAAGAACUUUGGCGGGCUGAUGACAGUGCGAUUCCUGCUGGGCGUCGCCGAGGCCACCAUCACCCCCGGGUUCAUGUUUCUCACGUCGACGUGGUACACACGCGACGAGAUGCCGACGCGGCUGGGCAUGUGGUUCGCGGGUAAUUCAGUGGGCGGGCUGGUGGCCAGUCUACUGGCGUUUGGCCUGGGCCAUAUCUCCGAUGACGUGCACCCGUGGCAGUGGAUGUACAUCAUCCUGGGGUGCCUGACCUUCCUAUGGUCCAUACCCAUCUUUCUGCUGCUGCCAGAUUCCAUCUCCAAGGCGCGGUUUCUCAACGCCGACGAGAGGCGCUUCGCGGCCGACCGCGUCGUCGUGGCAGGAACUGGCAGCACUGAAAACACUAAGUGGAAGUUCGAUCAGGUCAAGGAGUGUCUGAUGGAUCCCAAGUCGUGGCUCAUCCUGCUGAUCGAGUUGGCGACGCAGAUCCCUAACGGCGGCACAGGCAGCUUCAGUAGCAUCGUUAUCAAGUCAUUUGGAUUCUCCAGCCUCGAGUCGACACUCAUUAACAUUCCCUACUCGGUGUUGACAGCGUCCGUCAUCGCCGGCACGGGCUGGCUGGCGGGCCGCUACCGCACCCUCAAUAUUCUGCUUCUCGUGGCUGUCGUUCUUCCCUGCGUCAUUGGGUCUGCUAUCAUCUACUCGCGCGACCACGUCUCGCGCGGCGUUCAGCUCUUCGCCUACUUCCUCCUGUCUACGGGACCUGCUGCCAUGCCCCUUAACAUGUCCCUCGUUCAGGCAAACUAUCGUGGCGUGACCAAGAAGAUGACCAUGACGGCCAUGCUCUUCAUCGCCUACUGCGCCGGUAACAUUGCUGGCCCCCAGUUCUUCCUUGACAGCGAAGCGCCCACCUACCAGACUGCCUUCCAGACAAUUAUGAUUUGCUACGCCCUCGCCAUCACCCUAGCCCUGUGCCUACGAUUCUAUCUCCAGUGGACGAACAAACGACGCUCCCUGGCUGAGGGACUCGAUGGCAGUGCUGGUGCUGCUGGCGUCGUGGCUGGCGGCAAACUGGGUGAUGUUGAUGGCAGGGACGUCGGUGCCAUGGUCAGUAACGUUCAGCUUCGCCCGGAGGACUACGAGGACGUCACGGAUUGGAAUACCAUCGGCUUCAGGUACCGUCUGUAG